AUGGCAGGCCUUCACCCAUCCCCAGGUCACCCGUCCUCCACGAGCUCCAACACGUCCUCGAAUCCGCGUUUUACCCCAGUUUCCUACGGAUCGGAGGAAGAGAACCCGGAAGCCGGUCCCGCAAAAUCUCCCAUCCUUCCACUGCGCUUGGAAACAAACUUCAAAGACCAUCAGGACGUCGGCGACCCGUUAGACAUAAACGAGAACGCGUAUGAUGAGUGCGAGGAGCUCGAAGGCAAGCUUCCGAAUGUCGCGUCGGCGUUGAGAUUCACAUCAGAGGAGGAGAGCGAGGUAGUGAAGAGGUUUGACAGACGGCUGGUUCCGUUUUUGGCCCUUCUCUACUUGCUCUCCUUCCUCGAUCGCUCCAAUAUCGGGAAUGCGAAGAUAGCAGGUCUCAAGGAUGAUCUCCAACUCUCAUCCUCACAAUAUGAAUGGCUUCUUACAGCAUUUUACAUUACUUACAUCUUAUUUGAAUGGAUGACGCUGCUGUAUCGCGUCGUGCCCCCGCACAUCUAUAUAUCUCUGUGUGUAUGUGGAUGGGGACUCAUCGCCUCGUUCCAGUGUCUGGCAACCUCCUUUGAGGGAUUGGUGAUUCUCCGGGCUUUGCUUGGUAUCACCGAAGCUGCUUUUGGCCCGGGUGUUCCGUUCUACUUGUCGUUGUUCUAUCAGCGCCACGAAUUGGCUUUCCGCAAUGGAUUGUUCAUCUCGGCAGCACCACUCGCAACAUCGUUUGCAAGCAGUUUGGCCUACUUGAUUGUUAGGUUCAGCAGCGAUGGCCCGAUCUCGCCAUGGCGCACCCUGUUUCUCGUUGAGGGCUUUCCGAGUGUCAUUGUCGCUGUGUUCGCUUGGUUUUUGAUCCCUGACUCUCCAGGCAAAGCGGCUUUCCUUACUCGUCGUCAAAGGAUGGUGGCUCAGCAACGACUGGAGGUAAGCACGGUUGAUUAUCAACAAUCCCGUGGCAGUCAGUUCAAAUGGCGCGAAAUCCUCAAAAUUGCAUCUGAUCCAAAGGCCUAUCUUGCUGCCUUCAUGUUCUUCAGCUGUAACGUUGCUUUCAGCUCGAUGCCGGUCUUCUUACCAACAAUUCUACAAGAUAUGGGUUAUUCAUCAUUACACGCCCAGGCUCUCUCAGCGCCGCCUUAUCUUUUUGCUUUCGUCGUGGUUCUCAUCACUGCAUACGCCUCAGAUCGCAGCCGAUCUCGGAGCCCGUAUCUUAUCGGUCAUGCUUUGAUUUCGUCGCUUUCAUAUUUAACCAUUGCACUCACAGGCCACUUCCACUCACACCUGCCACCAUGGCUCCACACACUCAUCCGCUAUCUAUGCGUGUAUCCAGCUAUAGCCGGUUUCUUCUCAGCCAUCACCAUUGUAAUCACGUGGUCAAUGGACAAUCGAGUCGAAAAGGAAGGCAAGGGCGCAAGCAUUGCCAUUCUCAAUAUCAUUGGUCAGUGUGGACCGCUCCUUGGAACAAGACUUUACCCCGAGUCCGACGGCCCGUGGUAUGUUCGUGGUAUGGCCACAUGUUCAUUUUUCAUGGUUGUUGUUGCGGUGCUGGCUGUAAUCUUGCGGGUCAUGUUGCAGCGACUGAACCGUGCUGCUGCGGAAACUACUUAUACCAUUGUUGAACAGGGUGGUCCUGCGGAUGAAGGCGAGGAGCGAGAUGAACUUAUGGGCGGUGGUAGGAGGAAUGAUUUAGAGCAUUCUACUGGUGAGAAGACACUUGUUUAUAUCAUCUAG